AUGUCCGGUCGCCCCUCGCGUCAUGAUGAUCACGCUCCCUCGGUCGCCCCGCAUGUUGCUCUCUCGUGCGCCCCUCACGAUGCUCUCUCGUACGCCCCUCACGAUGCUCUCUCGUGCGCCCCUCAUGUUGCUCCCUCGUGCGCCCCUCAUGUUGCUCCCUCGUGCGCCCCUCAUGUUGCUCUCUCGUGCGCCCCUCCGUGUUGCUCCCUCGUGCGCUGUCCCCCGCCAGCUGCGGCGUUCCUCACUGCCGUCUCGUCUGCCCCAUUUUCCCCGCCGUUCCUCGCGCGUGCGGCGUUCCUCACUGCCGUCGCAUCUGCCCCAAUCGUCCCGCCAUUCCUCCUCGCACGUUCUGCACUGCACGGCGGCGUUUCAACCACGGCGCCUGCCGCACAGGCCAAGCCCUUGGUGUGGAAAGGGAGAACAAUCUAUAAGUACGUGACAAAAUUGCGUCCCACUAGACUCAAUGGGAAGGUGGUUGGUGACAAAGGUACUCAGCAACAACUUAUUAUAUGA